AUUCUUAUUCUGUAAUGGCCACCUUUCUUUUGUUUUUUCUUUUCUUUUCCUUCGAUAAACUCGCUAUCGUCGCUGCCGUCUGAGCUCCAGUCAGACACCAUCAAAACACUCCUCUCACCACCUCUCUUAAAAUCGUUGGUUAGUUUACCAAGAAUCCGACCCAAAUUUGAUGAAACAAAGGCCAAGGCUUUGAUCUAUUUCUUUCUCUGAUCUCCCUUUUACAUCGUCAGAUCACCACCGGUCUCUGGUAUGUGGUACAUCAUGCCAUGGUUUGCCUUGCCACUGUUGGGAUCACCGAACGGAGAUUCAAAGUUCCGCCAUCGUCGUUGCUACUGCUGCUAAUUUGUGGCUUUUUAUUGUUAUUAUUCUUUUCCCUUUUAUUUUUCUGUUUUAUUAUUAUACUUUUGUUUAUUUUUUGAGGGGUAUAAUUCGAUGAACACUUUAUCUGUUAUAUUUAAUUGUUUUGGUUUAUCAUCCCCCCUUGAUGACAUCUUGCUUAACAUGUUUGUUAGUGGAUUCUAGAGAAUCUGAAUGUUGAAGAAACCCUUUCUUGUUUUUUGGAAACACUUAAAUAAUUUCAAUCAUUUGAAAUUGGGUUCAAAUUUUUCGGUAAUUGAGUUUUUUUAAGCUCGAUUUCACGGAGUAAACUAGGGAUUUUAAAAUAUUCAAAUUCGAAUCAACCUUAAUCUGAAAGAAAACCUUAAUUAAAAACCCCAAAUCAGCUCAACUCCGGUGCUAUUUUCAGGCAGAAAAAGAGGCCAACCGCCGGCGAUGACGAAAGCAACAACUUGGGUUGAGGGGAUUGAGACGAUGUACGAACAUUCGAAAAAUUUGGGGGGGUUGACGGGAGAAAGAUGUAGAAGAAGACCCAGGCGAUCAAUCAAAUUAACGCAAUUCAUGUUAGGGCCCAACUGCAAGAGCAAAGGUAGCGAAAGCCGAUGAGAAAACCCCCAAAUCAGAAGGGGCAACUGAAACUGAAAGCAUCGCUCAUUUUUACGUUGUUCAGACUUUGGGUUGACGCCUUCUGUGAGAGGGAUUCUUUCUUCCAGUUUCUUGCUAGGAAUCACAGCACUUGUUCCAGUUUUAUAAGAAGUUAAGGUGUGCAAUGGAUUGGGCUUUUGUGCAAAAAUCUUGGGAGAAAUGGGCUUCCUCCAAUAUUGGUUCUUCUGGUCAGCCAUUGAAGGCUGCUUUGCUGAUUAACUAUGACCCACUCAGGCCUUCUCGGCUGUUGUCUACUAUAGCCGAACAGGAAGGAAUAAAGAUCAGCCCAAUUGAGUUGAGUCAAUUUGUCAAUUUCAUCAAGCGCAAUAAACUGCAGAAAGAGACUUUCAUGAUUGGGAAUAACCAGUACAUGGUUACAUCAAUUCAUGAAAAUUGGUUCUGUGCGAGGAGCCUGAACACGUCAAAAUCUGCUGGGGAAGGUGCCAUUGUGAUGCAGGCAUCAGUAUUUCUGUUGGUUGCGCUGUAUGAUGGGUCAAUUGGCUUAGCAUCUCGUGCUAUGGCAUCUGUGGAUCAACUUGUUUGGCAGCUGAAUCGAAAGAACCUUUAAGCCUGGCUUCCACAUAAAAAAAAAAAAAAAAAUGGAUUAUUGUAAGUUUCGGUGCUAAAAGGUUGGGCUGCCUCUGUGCUAUAUCUGACUCUAUCUAUUUAUUUAUCUAAGUGGCAUUGUUUAGCUUUGGUAAUGAGAAAUGACAAGGGACAAAUGUCAGAAACGGACUAAUUGUUGGAAGCAAGUUGCAGAGAUCGUUGUGUCAGACUCCAGUUGCAACAUCUGAUCGUAUAACCGAUAAUGCAAAAUGAGAAAGAGAAUCGGAGUUACAUGAAAUUAAAGGGAUGGGUUGUAAUGUCGUGACGAGUAAUGGAAUUCUAGUUUGCAGUACCUUAACCUUUUCUAUCUAUCUAUAUUAUUCUCUAAUACGACCAAGAUAUUAACUGGUGGUAUCACCAAGCUUUUUCCUUCAUUAUUAAUUGGUUUGGCACAUUUGUCA